AGAAUAAUUAUUAUAACUAUUUUUUACUUCUAUAAUUUAUAUGUGUACAAAGUGCGCGUUCCAAGAAAGGAAAAAACGAACGAUAAAAUAAUAACAAAUCACUCAGUAACCGCGACGACACAGAUUGGGAGGCGCAAUCUGCGAAGAGUCAUUGGUCAGUAGUCGGUAGUCAGUUGCAGAGUUGAUGUGCGUACAUUAGGUACUCAACAGUUGACAUUCGUCCGUUCGUGUAAUCAACUCGUGACGGACAAUACUAAUAAUAUUAAUCGCAUCGUACUUAAAAAUCAGAAAGAAUUUAAACUAUUAUAGAACAAAUAAUUCGAUCGCAGUCUAAAUAUGAUUAACCGCUGUGACAUCGUCUGUGGCAACCAUCAUUACCAUUACUCGACGUUCCACGGCUAGGUUUUAAAUCUUUUCAUGCAGAUACAUUCCAAUUCACUUUUGCACUCGGAACAAUAAUAGUAAUGCGCUGACAGCGGCACUCAAUUAAACGACGCUUUUUGGACUUGACUUCAGGCAUAUAACGUCGUCUCAACAAGAAGACCAAAGAUCAAAAAUGGAUCCAAUGGCACUAGUAACACAAUAUAAUUUAUUGCAAAAUGGUCCUCCAGAAGAAUCAAAACUUGCUACUUAUAUGAAACGUCAAAAUAAUGUUUCACCUCAAUCAACAUUGUACUCAACAUUAUCAAAAAAUUAUUCUAAUUUAGAUAUAAACCAGUCACCUCUAUCAAUGAAAAAGGCAUCUAUACCAACUGUUGAUUUCGUACCUAGAAAUCUAGUUAGUUCAUUAAAUAAUCCUGAUGGUUCCUCAAUGUACACUAAAGACAAAUCUCAGCCUAUACAAGCAUAUCAGAAAAAUGUCAAUGGCACAACAUAUUUCUAUCCUCCAGACACAAAUGGUACUAAUCAACCAAAUGGUAACAUUUUUGAUGAUCCGUCUGGGUAUUUACCAAUGCCAUCUAUUGAAUCACCAACAUCUUCAUUAUAUGCCCAAGAUGACUUAAGAAGAGAUUUGUUACAUAGAAAUGCUUUGUCAAUGGCCUCGCCAGACUCAGACCGAUGGCCAGAUUUACCAGAAAAUAUUGAAGAUUAUCAUGAUGUUUAUCCGUUAGACAUAUAUGGACACUCUUCUAAAAUAUUGUCUUAUAGCACAUCCACUUAUCGAGCAACUUAUUCAAAGACUGGAGAGAAAUGUUGUUUAAAACGAAUUCAUGGUUUUCGACUGACAAUUACAAAAUAUGCUCCGUUAAUUGAAGCUUGGAAAAAAAUCAAUCAUGCAAAUAUUGUUCAGUUAAAGGAUGUAUUUAUAACAAAAGCUUUUAAUGAUAGUUCACUAAUGUUUGUUUUUAACUAUCAUCCGGAUUCUGAAUCUUUACAAACACGACAUUUCAAUUCUAAUGAAACCUUGAAUGGUUAUAAUGAUCCAUUUAGUUCUGAUCCAAAUGCACCGCGACCUUACAGUCACACUAAAAAUGCAAUUUUACGACAUCAACAUAGUAAUGGGUUAUUAUCUGAAAAUACAUUAUGGAAUUAUGCAAUUCAACUUAGUGGUGCACUCCGAGCAAUACAUGGAUCUGGAUUGGCAUUACGAGGCCUUUGUCUUAAUAGAGUUUUAGUGACGGGCCAUGUAAAUACAAGAGCAAGACUACGGAUCAACUGUGUAGCUAUAACUGAUAUUUUGUUAAAUGAUAUGGCUAGUUCAAACAUGAUUGGUCAUUUUCAACAAGAAGAUUUAACAGACUUUGGAAAGCUUUUACUAGCACUAGCUUGUCGAUCUCUGAUAGCUGUACAUCAAGAUAAUCUUGCUACUUCUAUUGACUUAAUGGCACGCUCGUACAGUAGUGAUAUUCGUAAUUUGAUAAGGUAUUUACUGAGUAGUCAAAGACGGCAUAUUACAGAGUUAAUGCCAAUGAUAGGAGCGAGAUUUUACACACAAUUGGAUGCUGCACAGAAUCACUCUGACAAUUUGGAAAAUGAACUAUCUAAAGAAAUGGAAAAUGGUCGUUUAUUUCGAUUGCUUGUGAAACUUGGAUCAAUUAAUGAACGACCUGAAUUUAAUUUAGAUCCUGCAUGGUCAGAAACUGGUGACCGGUAUAUGUUAAAAUUAUUUAGGGACUAUCUAUUUCAUCAAGUAACUGAAGAAGGACGUCCUUGGUUAGACAUGUCACAUAUAGUUCAAACUUUAAAUAAACUUGAUUCUGGAUCCUCAGAUAAUAUUUGUUUGUAUUCGCGUGAUGAAAAGACCAUAUUAGUGGUUAGCUAUCAAGAAUUAAAACAAUGUUUAGAACAGUCAUUUUGUGAAAUUGCCUCUGUGGCUGCAUCUGAUGAUCAUAUUAAGGCUGAAUAAUCUUCUUAAUUGUCCUAAAGUGGGAUUUCCGAAUAAUUAGCAAUAAGUCUAAGUACUUAAUUUAUAAUUAUAAGAUAAAUUUAUUGCAUGAUGGAUUAAUUAACUUGGUUGAAUGCGCUUAAAAGUGCUAAUUUUUACAAUUUUAUUUUACUUUCUUCUAAUUUUAUUUUAAAUUAUAUAUUAUUAUUUUUUUUUUACCAAAUUUCAUUCCUAAUUCAACAUUCCAAUCAUAAUUGUUGCAAAAAUUAACUUUAUUUGAGUCAGUUUUUCAAUUUGCUUCCAUUUGGCUGUGUAUUUACAAAGAAUAUAUAUAUUUUAAACAUAGAGCAAUAAUAAAACAUUAUAUCAUAACUAGCUUAAAGUUGAUUUUAGUAAACUUUUUGGUCUCUCAAUUGUUAUAUUUUUUGUUACAUUAAUAUUGUGUUAGGAAUGAACAAGAUGAUAAUUAUUUAAUGAGACUUAAGUUGUCUUUCAAUAUGUGUUCCAACGUAUUUUGUUACCUAAAAUUGAUAAACAUUAAUAACAAUUAAACUAUAUAUAAACAUUUUUAUACCGUUAUCCUUCCAGUCAUUAUAGCAUUGCUCCAUGAUUUAAUAUUUGUUUAAUGAUGUGCAUAGUAUGUAUAUAUUAUGUUAUUUAUGGAUUAU